AUGAGAAGAGCUACAUCUCAUCGCAGCGUCGCAUCAAAAGAAAAGCCCUACCCCUGUGUUAUCGCCGAUAGGUUCCCGGUGAAAUGCAAGAGGAGCUUUAAAAAUAUAGAAAAGCUCAACUCCAUGAGCCUCGAAGCUCUCGAACGAGAAAAAGAAUAUCACAAAGCGAUAUGUCCUAAGGAGCCUUCUGAGAAGAACAAAGCCCUCAGGGAGAAGGCUUACAUCAUUGAUGAAGCCCGAUAUGAGCUUUGCAAGAAGCUUGGAUGGAAGCAAACUGCUGCUUCACAUGAACUCAAUCGCGAAACGGGCGGCAAGGAAUGCGUAUCUCAGCGGAGCUGGAGACAGAUCCGUGAUACUAUCUUCCCAAACGACAUCGUAACAGUGGAUGAGUCUCAAGAGCUCGUUGCAAGAGUCGAGAACGAGAAGAGAAACCAGAUGUUCUUGACGCAGUUCCGAGGCAGAGACUCACUUGUGCCAACACAGAUAGAGAUGAACACGAUCUCUCAGCCACCCCCGACGGCUGACAACACGUCUCACCUGUCCACGGUCCUGUCUGAGGUAACUGCUCCUCUCACAGGUCCAACGACGAUUGCUUUCUCUGAUCCUGGACCAGAUGGCAAAGACGACAUGUUUGGGUUUCUCCCAUAUCCCCCACUCCCCAAUUUCCAAGAACAUGAGUCUGCAAACUCUUUGACUGGUACGGGAAAAUGGGAUACUGGCAACUUGGAUCUGGGACCGGAACCUUACAUAGACUUUGACCAGUGGUUAAAUUCAGAAUGA